CUAUCCGCGAGUUAGUAGUCAUCUGUUGUAGCACAAAGUGAAGGCAAAUGUAAGGUUUCCUCCGCUGAGUAACGCACGUCGUCACAGUUUUUCCGAUAAAUGGUGGUGUUUGAUUUUUUUUCUUCCACAAGGUGAAGUUAGAAAAUCAUACCAAUUGUGUGGGCGGUUAGAGCCCUCUGGCUAAAAAUUGGGGGGGCUUCCUCCUGAAAAGUGCUUAGGGGUAUCAUUUCAAGUGUGGGUUUCGGGUAUUGAAGUGGUUUAGUGGAAAGUGAAAAAAAAUAUCCAUUCACCAACACAAUCUGUGCAGUUGGUUCCCGGAACGAAUAAAAAUCCCUUCCAACGAUGUGCCCGAGUAGGAAAUUAUCCGCUGUGCUACUGAUUGCUCUAAAUUGCUGUGUUUUACUCGUGAAUGGCUACACGCUGCAGAAAGGUGUCAACCCCGCUGGGGCCAUAAUCGAGGACGAAAGCUUCCUGCAAAAUCCGCAUUAUGAAAGCAAUAACGAGCUACAGGAUCUAUUGGCACGGCUCCAGAAGGAUCACCCGUCCCUGGUGAAAAUCCACAAUGUUGGCAGUUCACUGGAGGGACGACCGCUGCUUGCUAUUGAAAUCCGACCGAAUAUUGAUCGGCCCCGACAGCUGCUGAUGCCAAUGUUUAAGUACGUGGCCAACAUGCACGGUGACGAAACCAUCGGACGCGAAUUGUUGAUCUAUUUGGCCCAGUAUCUCAUAAACAACUACGAUCACGAUCCGGAAAUUGCAGCAUUAAUCAAUAGCACCGACAUUUUCCUGAUGCCGUCGAUGAAUCCGGAUGGUUAUCAUCGUGCUAAGGAAGGAAACUGCGAAUCCCUGCCGGGUUACGUUGGCCGUCACAAUGCCAUCAGUGUGGACCUAAAUCGAGAUUUUCCGGAUCGUUUCGAUGAUGACCGAACCAGGCACCAGCGACGAAAUCGGCGUCAGCCGGAAACCGUUGCCAUCAUGAAUUGGAUUCUGAGCAACCCGUUCGUGCUGUCGGCGAAUUUACAUGGAGGUGCGGUAGUGGCCAGCUAUCCGUUUGAUAAUUCGAUUAACCAUCAUGACUGCUGCGAAGAUAGUCCGACGCCGGAUAAUCACUUCUUCAAGUAUGCCGCCCUAACGUACUCUCAGAACCAUCCGGUCAUGAAGACAGGGCAAGACUGUAACGAAACAUUCCAAAACGGCAUCACCAACGGCGCCUACUGGUACGAGCUUAACGGUGGCAUGCAGGAUUUCAACUACGUGUACAGCAACUGCUUUGAGAUUACGCUGGAACUGAGCUGCUGCAAAUUCCCAAAAGCCAGUGAACUCCCAGUAGAGUGGCACAAAAACAAACGAUCGUUGAUUGAGUACAUUAAACUUGUGCACGUCGGUGUUCGGGGCCUCGUCACAGACAGCAGUGGAUUGCCGAUCAAAGAUGCUGAUUUGAUUGUGGACGGAAUCAACCAAAACAUUCGAACCACCGAACGGGGCGAAUACUGGCGUCUGCUGGUGCCCGGAAAUUAUACCAUUCGCGUCGAAGCUGUUGGAUUCUAUCCUAGCCAAGAGGUGCCAAUCACAAUCACCGCCGAGCAGCCGCUACGCGUGAACUUCAGUCUCAAGUCAUACGACGCCGACGAAGUUUCAGAUAAAACGAAACAUCCUCGGGUUAUACGACAACAGCCUGACCAGUAUGGAUUCCGGAGAGCACCUCGAUUCGAUCAUCAUAAUUUUUCCGCCAUGGAAGCCAUAAUUCACGAGUUAGCGGAAAACUACCCAUCCAUCACCAGACUGUAUUCCAUCGGCAAAAGUGUCCAGCAGCGUGACCUCUGGGUAAUGGAAAUCACCCGGCAUCCAGGGCUGCACAUUCCUGGUAAACCGGAAGUGAAGUACAUAGCCAACAUGCAUGGCAACGAAGUCGUAGGACGUGAACUACUGCUUCUAUUUGCCAAGUACCUGUGUGAAAAUUAUAACCAAACCGAGCGAGUCACUAAACUUGUCAACAAUACUCGUCUUCAUCUGCUGUUCAGCAUGAAUCCGGAUGGAUAUGAAAUCUCCGAGAUCGACGAUAAGGAAAAUCUGAAAGGAAGAGCUAAUGCCAAUGGGGUUGAUCUGAACCGUAACUUCCCGGAUCAGUUCGGUCGGAAUCGGUACAAUAUUAAACAGGAACCGGAAACACAAGCCGUUAUGAAUUGGUCGCAGUCUAUUCCGUUCGUUCUUUCGGCCAAUCUACACGGUGGUGCGCUGGUGGCCAAUUACCCGUUCGACGAUUCACCGAAAGAUUUUGCUUACUCCAACGAUUACAGCAACCCGAGGACGGUUACAAAUCCAACCGAAGAGAACGAAAUGUUCCAAUAUUUGGCGCAUACCUACGCGGAUGCACACACGACGAUGCACUUAGGCAAACCAUGCACCAAAUUUGUGCGGGAAAAUUUCCCUGACGGUAUCACCAACGGAGCCGCAUGGUACUCGGUAACGGGAGGAAUGCAGGAUUGGUCCUACAUCGUUGGUGGGGCGUACGAAUUGACAUUAGAGGUGGGCUGUGAAAAGUUUCCCAGGAAGGAAGACCUACCGCAGUACUGGUUGCAGAACCGAGAAGCGUUGCUGAAAUACGUUGAACAGGCCCAGCACGGAAUAUCCGGCACGGUGAAAAGCACGAUCGGUCACGCAAUCCCGCACGCUUCGGUUCAGGUGAACCAAAUUCAACAUGUCACAUUUACCACUGCUGACGGUGAUUACUACAAGAUCUUGCUUCCCGGUUUGUACAACGUGACGGCCGAAGCUGCCGGUUAUGAACCUCAAACCAUGCAAGUGCAAAUACCACCGGAGGCGACCGGACCGGUGCAGGUCGACUUUCUGCUAAUGAGAGACGAUCCGCAGCACUGGUCAUCGGCUUACGAUUAUCGUAUCUUGGAGAAUGUGGUGAACACUCGGUACCAUAGUGAUAUCGAAAUUAAAACGAUUAUGAGUGAAUUCGAGAACAAACAGUACAAGACUGCUUCCCUCGAGUUUGGUGACAACGAGAUAUCUAUGGUUUAUCCUUCAGUCAAAAUAACUGACAAUAUCGGAUCCCCGGAAGAAACGAAGCUACAUAUCCUGAUUCUGUCUUCGCUGUUCCAAAGCACGGUGAUCGGUCGCGAAAUGGUAAUCAAUUUGGCACGUCACAUUUUGGAGGGUUACAAAAUUCCCGAACCGGCCCUGCUAAAGCUACUGAAGAACGUUGUGCUACACUUCGUUCCGAUUAAAAUUGAUUCCGAGCAACUGUUGGAUCAAUUCCACGCCAACACCAGUAUUUGCGAUCCGAUCGUUAAGGAUGAGUUAGCCGAUAAGUUGCUGAGUGCGGAAACCGAUCAUCAGAAAGAUAUGCUGCUUCGGAUGUUCCAAGAAGAAGAAUAUGACCUGGCUCUGAACUUUGCAGCCGGCGGCAAUGAAGUGUUCUAUCCGAACACUGAUGACAAAGUGGCAAUUUAUCCUAGAUUCGCAGAGCGGAUCAAAGGACACAAAUAUACUGCGGCCAGCAACGAGCAGUGUCCGAAGAGUGCAGCUCGACUCCACCAGGAAGAUGCAAUUCAGCGGCUUACCAAUCAGUUGCAUAGUUUGUACAAGAUUCCGCUGUUUACGCUUCAGUUGGGCUGUUGUAAAAUGCCUCCGCAAGAUGCAAUUGCCUCCGUUUGGCGCCAGAAGUUAGAGCAUAUGACAAACUUCCUACGACUGAUCGACACCGGAAUCAAAGGCUACGUGAGAGAUAUUCGAGGAAAUCCGAUUCGUCAAGCUAUUCUGAAGGUGCGAGGCAACAAUCUGAUAUACAAAGUCACACCCAAUUUAGCUCACUUCCGAGUGGUGCUUCCGUCAGGAUCGAUGGAGAUUGAGUUCAGUUGCCUGAAUUACACAUCGCGCAUCCAAUCGAUCACUCUGAAUCAGAACCAAAUUCUCGACAUGGGAGAUAUUAUUUUGCAAGAAACGAGCAGAUUGAGCGAUGGCAUAGCAGUUGUGAAACCUUUGUUCCCAACAUCACCUCCACAGCGCCACGGUAGUUUUGCUGUGUUGGAACCGUCGGAGAAAAUAAGAGUGUUCCCGAUGGAUGGCGGUGUAGAGAUACAGGGCCGAAUCUCAGGUCUUAUUUUGGACGAGUUCAACCAUCCACUUCCCAAUUCCAAAGUGUACAUACAAAACAAGGUAAUCAAUCUGACUACAUUCACUGAUUCCAUCGGCAAGUUCCAGUUGAAUGGGAUCCUGCAGAAAGAUUUGGUUCUACACGUGCAAGCUUCAGGUUACUCACCGGACGAACGAUCACUUCACAUUGGCCAGGGGGGCGAUCUGCAGGGAGUGAUAUUCCACCUGAAGCGAGACGAACGAGUGCUGGGCAUCCCGAGGUUGCUCUUCGUAAUCCUAGCAGGGUGCGCCUCGGUUGCCAUAAUAGCGUGUGGCGUGAUGUGUUUCCAGUACAUUCAGGCCCGCCGACGAAACUCUCGGUACUACUACAACUUUUCAAUGUUACCACAAAAGGGAGAACAAACUCAACGACUUUUCGACGAUGAUGAAGAAGGAGAAACCGAGCUGUAUCGAGCACCAACUAAAAAGCUCCAGCCGUACUACGAUGACGACCGAGAUCCGAUUAGUGACACCGAGGAUGACAGUGAAGAAGAGAUCGUAAUGCUACACUCAUCGUUCCGAAAGUAGAUCUCAAGUACGGUGUAAAAAAAUCGAUGAACAGUCUGAAGUGAGAAAAGCACCUCGAAACGUAAAUAUACUGUGUAAAAUACUGUUCGACAUUCCUGAGCUUCUGUGCUGGACAAGCCAGUCAAUUACGACGACAAAUCAAAAUAUACAGCAUUCCUACUGCGCUCACGUGAAGACUGUCCCAUUGGAAUGUCCAGAUUGAUGCCACGGGGCGUGUAAAAAUAGAGUUUUUUUUUUACUUAUUACUACCUAGAAGUGAAAUAACACAUAGAAAAGUACGAAUGAAAGAAAAAUGUAAAUGUGAUAAUUAUUGUUGAAUUACAAAAUAUGCACAAUAUUGACAGAAGCACCUCGAUUCGAGCCGACUCGAAAUGAUGUUUUAGUGAAAAAAAAAGUUGAAUGUUAUUACGAUGCUCUACUAAGACUAGAAUGUACUUAUAAAAAGCUCGAUUAAACUAGAAGCAGUGAAACGUUUAGAUAAGAUAAUUUAAUUUCUAGUGCGACACUAAACCGAGCAGCGUUGAUUUUAGAUGAAAAUAUUUUUUGUAAUAAAAUCCUUGUAAUUCUAAUAAAGUGAUUGAAAUUUUGA